UUUAACCACUUGGGGUUGCGUGCAGUAUCCCUUCUCUCUCUCUCCUCUGCCCACAACAUCUAUCACUUCACUUUCACAGUUUUCACACUCAAAAAAAAAAAAAAAAAAAACACCUGAAGUGUGAAGAUCCCCCCACACUUUCCCAUACUUUCCCGUCGAGUUUUCCCUCAUUUUCCAUCGAUCCAAACAUCUUCGUCCAAAAAUGGGUAUCAACAAAGACGCCAGCACUCCCCCUCCAGUGAUUGGCAAAAUUGGGCCCUACACAGUUUUCAUGACCCCACCUUCCACUCCCUCCCCCAAAUCCAAACCCUCGCAGCCACUCUUCGAUUCUCCCAAGAAGGUUGUCGUUGCUCCUCCUCCUGUUCAGCCGCCUCCUCAGCAGUUCGACAAGUCCGAUGAUUCAAAUGGUUCUGUUUUUGGGAUCUUUAAGAAUGCCGUCACCAAAGUCCAGAAUGCGCAUUCAAGUCUAGAUGACCACUUAGCUCGUUGGUUUGGAUUGAAUCAGUCAAAGUAUCAAUGGGCUUUGGAUGACUAUUAUGAGAACAAGGGCUUGGGAAAGGGAGACGCGAAAGUGAAAGAGAUAUCAAGUAAAAUGCAGAGUGUGUAAUAUAGUUGCUGGACAGUAUCAGUUGCUAAAGAGAGCUCAUGCCGAUUCCUUUCGAUCAUACUGUACUAAUAUAAUACUUAUGUAUGCAAUUGCUAGAAAGCAUCUGAAUAGGCACAAAAUGGUUAUGGAGAUCUGGUCAGCGCAAUCCUCUACAUACCGCAGCAGAUGACGGAGUUUGGUUGCGUUACUGCCUAUGAGUCACUGAAUUAAGUCUGAUAGUUUUGGCCAAACUUUUUUUUUUUUUGUUUUGUUUUCAUUCCCAUCUGUUUUUGAGUCAAUUUGUGGCUUCUUUGUACCUUCAGAUUGUUGGUGUAUUUAUAUGUUUGGUGAAGACCUUAAUCUGAACUGCUGAUUAUGAGAGAGGUGGUCAAGGAUUAAUUAGUUGUUGAUUGUUCACUACUUUGGAUUUGGAAUCAUAUGCUUGGAAUUUUUAGCUUUUCUCUUUUGUAAUUUCGGCAUGAUUUUCAAUAUAUUGAGAAGGGAAGAUUCUGUUUGGUGGGA